GGAAGUUUGAUCAUCCUUUUAAUAAUUAAUUAAUUUUUUAUUUUUUCCAUUCGGUGAACACAUUUGUCAGACACUGCCCUAUUAUUUUUAUGGUGAGUGAAUGAAUAAUGGCACCAAAAAAGGGAUCAAGAUCCAGAAAAAUCUCUACAGAAUUACAAGAUGAUUCAAAAGCACCGGUGGCAAAGAAAAGGAAAAUAGAACUUCAACAGGUCCCCACACCUGUAGAGAGAAAAAACAAGUCUGUAAAGGGGCAGACAUGUGCAACAGUCUACAGUUUCUGGCUGGUCAAGUCAGAACCUGAGUCCAGGUUUGAGAAGGGAAUUGACAUGAAGUUUAGUUUGGAUGACUUAAAAAGUUCACCCGAACAAACUGCAUGCUGGGAUGGAGUGAGAAAUUACCAAGCUCGUAAUUUUCUUCGAGAUCAGAUGAAAGAAGGUCAAAAAGUUUUCUUAUACCACAGCAACUGCAAAGAGCCUGGAAUAGCUGGCGUCUGCCAGGUAGUUAAAGCUGGCUAUCCAGAUCACACUCAGUUUGACCCUAAAGAUCCUCAUUAUGACAGCUCAUCUCAAAAGGACAAGCCCAGAUGGUUUAUGGUUGACGUCAAGUACAUAAGACACUUACGACGUUACAUUUCACUAGCUGAGCUGAAGAAGAUUCACAAGGAGCAUGUACAAGAUGGUGGCCCUUUGAAAAACUUGAGCUUGUUUACUAGAGCUAGACUUUCUGUACAGCCACUUACAAAGGAGGAGUGGUCAUUUAUUGAAGAUCUAGAGAACAAAGAACCAGUGUGAGAAUCAGUCAGCACACUUCUGUUGUUGUUUUUUUUGUUUGUAUUCAUCUGA